UCUGGGAGGGACGGCAGGAGACGGGAUGGAUGAUCGGAAACCGCCCAGCCAGGCCAAAGACUGUGAGGUGCCAGCCGACGGGGGUGCGUUUUCGGAAGAGCGGGGUGGCACGGAAGGAGACCCCCUGAAGCCGCCGGAAGGGGCCCCCACUGCCCAGGAGCCGGAAGCCAAGGAGCCGCCCCAGGCCUGCAGCGCCCUGCCCAGGCGUUGCGCCCUCUGCAACUGCGGCGAGUGGCGCCUGCAUGGGCAGGGGAAGCUCCAGCGUUUCGAGCCGGCGCCCGACUGGACUGAGCGUCUCUCCGGGCUGCCGGCCGGGAGGGGCCCUGGCGAGACUCUGGCCCCUGGGGGCGACCUGUCCCUGAUCGGCUUCGCGGAGGGGGUGUCGCCAGGAGAGCUCUUCGAGCCAACGGGGCACUGCUGGGCCCACCACUGGUGCGCUGCCUGGUCGGCGGGGGUGCAGCGGCAGGCCGGAGCUGGGCUGAGCAACGUGGACAAAGCUGUUUUCUCAGGGAUCUCGCAGAAAUGUGAACACUGUCAGAGGAUGGGUGCUACCAUUCAGUGCCACUCGGAGGGGUGUCCGCGGCACUACCACUUCCCGUGCGCGGCGGCCAGCGGCUCCUUCCAGUCCAUGAAAACCCUCUGGCUCCUGUGCCCGGAGCACGUGACCGAGGCAGUGCAGAUGGAGGACUCGCGAUGCAUGGUUUGCGAUGGGCCGGGGGACCUGCGCGACCUGCUCUUCUGCACCAGCUGCGGGCUGCACUACCACGGCACCUGCCUGGACGUCCCCGUCACGCCGCGCAAGCGCUCUGGCUGGCAGUGUCCCGAGUGCAAAGUCUGCCAAACAUGCAGACAGCCCGGCGCGGACUCCAUGAUGCUGGUGUGCGAGGCCUGUGACAAGGGCUACCACACGUUCUGCUUGAAGCCGGCCAUCGAGAGCCUUCCCACGGACUCCUGGAAGUGCAAGAACUGCCGGGUGUGCUCUGACUGUGGGUCACGGCCGGCGGCGCUCGACCCCGGGUGCCACUGGUAUGAGAACUACUCGGUGUGUGAAGGGUGUCAGCGGCACCGGAACGCGGCGGGAGGCACCGAUGCCGCGCGGCGCUGCCAGAGCUGCCAGAAGCCCUUGCCCCCGGAUGGCAGCGACGUGGCAGGGGGUUCCACCUGCCUGGCGUGUCAAGGGCAGCAGAAGCACACGCAGCCAGACGGGGCCGUGCCCCAGGAAGAGAUGCCCUCGGGGUGUGAAGCCAAACCACUAGGUCCCGCUCCAGAGGCGGAGGAGCCGGAGGAGGCGCCAGACCCGGCAGCACCUGCCAAGGACGAGGCGACAGAGCCGACACCCCCCGAGACGGCCCCUGAACCACCAGCCCUGCCCCCAGCCCCCCCAG